AAACUGACAGGUAGAGAGCUGCCGUCUCCCGGUGAGUUGUAGGCAAUGCAACGAACAGAUUUAGUAAAUAUUCCAAUAUGAGCUUCAUACGAACAGCCAUAUAAAAUAUGUUUGCAUAAUUUAGCUCCAGAUUUGAGUUCAGAAGUGGACGUGGGCGAAGAGACCGCAGGAACAAACGGGAAAUCCAACUGUCAGCUGGCCGGGAAAACCGAUCACAUCACCCGGCUUCCGGGGAUUCAGGGGCCGCAUCGGUUGACGGCAGACGUCGGUCGGUAGCUCGGGGGAGUACGGGCGAACAUCCACAUCAUCGCCAGUAUCCACCUCUGAUUUUCAGCGAUUUUCAAGAUGUCAAGAAAGCUACAAAGGACAGAGGUCUGCGCCGACUGCAGUGCGCCAGACCCGGGCUGGACCAGUAUUAACCGAGGCGUCCUGAUCUGUGAUGAAUGCUGUUCAGUCCACCGCAGCUUAGGCCGCCAUAUCUCCAUAGUGAAGCACCUGAGGCACAGCGGAUGGCCUCCCGCACUACUGCAGAUGGUUCAGACCUUAGCCAGUAAUGGGGCCAACUCAAUAUGGGAACACAGUCUGCUGGACCCUGCUCAGGUACAGAGCGGUCGUAGGAAACCCAACCCCCAGGACAAAGUCCAUCCCACUAAGUCAGAGUUCAUCAGAGCCAAAUACCAGAUGCUUGCCUUUGUGCACAAGCUGCCCUGCCGCGAUGAUGAUGGCGUCACGACCAAGGACCUCAGUAAACAACUUCACUCAAGUGUGAGGACGGGGAGUUUAGAGACGUGUCUUCGGCUCCUGUCCCUCGGCGCUCAGGCCAACUUCUUCCACCCGGAGAAAGGCACUACCCCGCUCCAUGUGGCAGCCAAGGCAGGCCAGAUCCUGCAGGCGGAGCUGCUGGUCGUGUACGGGGCCGACCCCGGAGCACCGGACAUCAACGGACGCACACCUAUGGACUACGCAAGGCAGGCGGGCCAUAUAGAGCUAGCAGAGCGGCUGGUGGAGUGUCAGUACGAACUGACGGACAGACUAGCCUUCUACCUCUGUGGACGGCGCCCAGAUCACAAGAAUGGCCAUUAUAUCAUUCCACAGAUGGCAGACAGAGCUCGUCCUAAGUGCCCGACACAGAGUUUGGACCUCUCAGAAUUGGCAAAGGCUGCCAAGAAGAAGCUACAAGCGCUCAACAAUCGGCUGUUUGAGGAGCUAGCGAUGGACGUAUAUGACGAGGUGGAUCGCAGAGAAAAUGAUGCAGUGUGGCUCACGACCCAGAACCACAGCACUCUGGUAACAGAACGCAGCGCGGUGCCCUUUCUUCCUGUCAACCCUGAAUACUCUGCCACACGCAACCAGGGCCGUCAGAAGCUCGCCCGUUUCAACGCUCGGGAGUUUGCCACGCUCAUCAUCGACAUCCUGAGUGACGCCAAAAGGAGACAGCAGGGAAAAGGUCUCAGCAGCCCUACUGACACAUUGGAUCUGGGCAUUGAUGAUGACCAGCAUGACUACGACAGCGUAGCCUCUGAUGAAGACACUGACAGCGAGCUGACCGCCCAGAACAACAACAACACACAACGCAGCAACCGUGCAAAGAGCAUGGACUCCUCAGACCUGUCAGACGGGCCCAUCACUCUGCAGGAGUACCUGGAGGUGAAGAAGGCUCUGGCCUCCUCAGAAGCCAAGGUGCAGCAGCUGAUGAAGGUCAACAACAACCUGAGCGAGGAGCUGCGGCGGCUCCAGAAGGAGAUCACACGGAUGCAGACAGACAACAGUGCGCUGCGGGGGGGCCAGCAGGCUGGGGGGGCAGUUAGCCAUGGGGUAGGAGGGCCUGGCGGAGGAGGAGGAGGAGGAGGAGGAGGAGGAGGGGGGGGGGGAGGUGGUUAUUGGCAAGGGGGUGGUAUGAGAGGAGGCGUAGGGGGCCUGAGUGGGUUUGGGACAGGAGCAGAUCCUCCGGGGCUCACUGUGCCCUCCUCCGCUGCCCCCCACUCCCAUCCCCACCGAAGGGACCGCCAGGCCUACUCAAUGUACGAGCCAGGGGCGGCCCCCGGCCCCAUGGCCCAUGGCCCCCCAGUCCAAGACUCCCUGGCAGCCCGCCUGCAGCCACUCAACACAUACAGCGCACGGAAGGGCAGUACAGGGGGUACCGGGAUGUAUGGGGUCCAGCAUCUCUCUACAGAGAUGGGCAGAUACAUGGUCCCCAGAGGAGAGAAGCAUGGCAGCGGCACUGACAGCGACUAUGACAACACACACACAUACGACCUCUCGCUAAGUAUGGGCCGCAGCAGUGAGGACUCUGAGGAGGGAGGAGGGGGAGACGCAGUGGAGCCGGACCCCACCCUGCCCUGCACGGAGGAUGUCAUUAUGAAGACUGAGCAGGUGACCAAGAACAUCCAGGAGCUGCUCAGGGCUGCGCAGGAGUUCAAACACGACAGCUUUGUUCCAUGUUCAGAGAAGAUCCACUCUGCUGUCACUGAGAUGGCCUCACUCUUCCCUAGACGCCCUGCGUUAGAUGCGGUCCACAGCUCCCUCCGCCUGUUGGCUUCCAGUGCCUCGCGGUUGCAGGUGGAGUGCCGUAAGGCGGGGCCCUCAGAGCCCGGGGGCCCCGCGGUGGACUACCAGCUCCUCACUCAGCAGGUCAUCCAGUGCGCUUACGACAUCGCCAAGGCUGCCAAGCAACUGGUCACCAUCACCACCCGUGAGAAGAAACAGUGACCCGACAAAUGCAUGGCAAAAUGGAAGAGGGAGAGAGGACGGAUCGAUGCAUGGGUGGGCUAUGGGCGACCAGGGAGGGGGAGCGAUCGGGAGAAUGAUAGCGAAGAAGAUGGGAAAAGAUGCUGAAUGUUUAGUAGAAACACAAAGCAGGGGCGGAGAAAGAGAAAGUAGGGAAGGACAAGUGGAAGGAUCCAACAUGGGAGCUACAGCCUGCUGCAACCUGAGUAAACAGUUGAAAUCAGAUGUGUAAAAUAAACCACUGUGAUGUGAAAUACAAUGGUGACGAUGUACAGAGAACUGGAUCCGGAGAUGUUACCGCUUUUAUUUAUUCUCACCUGUCAGCCAUCACCCCUCCUUCUCCCUGUUUACCUGAACCAGGGAGUGAGGAAGUGCGAGAGAGAGGAAGUAGAUGCACCAACCACGACCUUCUACACACCAUCUCCUCCUCUCCGUCCUGCGGAGACGUACCUUCCUCUACCUCACUCUCCUACCAGACACACCCUCUGCCUCCGUCUUCAUCCAAGACAGGAUGUGAAGGACCCCUGGGACCCACCCAGCUCCACCCUACCCCACCCAGGCUCUCAGAUGCUUCCUCCUGGGUUACAUUUUCAGGGGGCUCCAGUUUUUCUUCGCCCCCUGUUGUCGGUGGUACACAGCAUGACCGGGCAUGUUUUCAUUUCUUUCCUCUCUUCUUUUUCUUCAUUGUUUUUGAAUACGCAGAUGGGUUUGGUCUGCACCACUAAGGACAAAAAUAACUGACUUACACAAACAAAAACAAAAACACUUACACUGGAAUAAUUGUGACUUAUUGUUGUUGAUUAUCUAUGCCUAUUGUUUCUUUUUGUAUUGAUAUUUUUACUGACUGUCAUUUUGAUUUAACUGUUUAUGUAUUUUAUUGUCUCAAAUAUGAUUCUCAUUUAGUGGGAUAGGGAGGCGGGCGGGAGUAUGUGCUCAGCUGGGAUUCAAGGAAACAUGCACACACACUUACACACGAAGAAGUAACCUGUGUCCUCGACAUUUGUCAAGCACUCAUUUUCUGGGAGACAGUUCGGGGAGAUUUGUUUUCGGUUUGGAUUUUCUGUCAGACCAAAAGCCCCUUGGUGCAUUACGACAGGACCUGGAUCAAAACUCUCUUCUCGUGUAUCCUCAGUUUGGGCAUGACUUGUGUUCUAAUUCUCCUCAUUUAUCAGAGCCAGUGGAAUCAUCUCAUCCCAAAUUCACUUUUGAUGUGCCAAGCAGUAUAAUAAGUAUUGGGUGUGCUCCUGGGUGCCUGUAGCAGCCAUCGCUUGCAUGCAUGGCAAAUCAGUCACAUCAGUUGAUCCACAUAUUGGUGUGUUGCUUUAAAGUAGUCCUGUGAAAAGCACCAUAUCUAGUUAACAUUUCAUUUGUCAUUUGAGAAUAUACGCUCACUUGCAAUGGAUUCAACCCCCUUAAAUAUGCAUGAUGUACUUUGCCUUGCAUUAUGUUUAUUUACAUUUUUCCUGCCUGGCAAGCCCAUUCAAGCUUACAUUCAGUUUUUCAAUUUUAUUCUCUGUCGGGGCCUGCUGAUCCGGGCCACAGAAGUUGUCACUUUUUAUGUCUCUGAACUUUGCUAAUGGGACAGCAUUGGGAACAAAAAUGUUUUUUCAUUCGUUUCGUUUUUUUUCAAAAAGUGAGCGCACUUAGCCUACUGUCGGACUGAAGCGUGUUGUACUGUGCGAACACAUCUGGUCACAUCUGUAACAAAAGAUGCAGGCCCUCUUCUCGUUUAGAUUCACCCUUCUCCAAUUACAUUGUCACCGGUUUCUCAAAGUGUUUGUGGCCUUAACUGUCAGUUGUUCUUGUGUUGGUAUAUUAUAUAAACAGGCUUCAGAAGGCCUCUGCACAUUACAUGUUUCCUACCUGCAACAUUGACCUCAUCCUUCAAACAGUAGUUGCAUCUCAUAUUGUUUUUUUCUUGUAUUGCUGCCAAUUUAGCAAGAAGCAAUUAGACCUUAAUUAGCCCCUAACACUUUGAGAGACUGAUGCUAGACAACCUACAGCACUUCUCUGUCCACUUUAUCCAUGUUUCUCCCCCUCUUUUAAUUACUUGGCUGUCAGUGUUCCUCUCAGACAGUUGCACUCACGUCUCCUUAGGGGAGGAUGGGUUGUUUGUUCUGUUUCCUGUCAAAGCAAAUCAUGUCCAGAAGACUCAUGAAAUGUAUCAUCGUUUGAUAUCGAAUGCCUUGGGACAUUAUCAUCAUCUCCUGUUGAGUUACUGACAGCUGAAACAACACUAAUACUUCCACACACACACAAACGCACGCAAGGGGGUCAGCAAAAACAUGAUUGCCCAAGUUUUAGAUUAGAGCCAUAUAUAUGAACAUAUAUUUUCAUGCUAUAUUUUAUAUUAAGCUAUAUGUUAGGGUUAUGUCUGCGAGAUAUUUAUGUCUAUUUGUUUCCCCGAGUGGGCUUCAGGCUACGGGAUCUGUUCUCCACAUCAUCACUCAGCCCUUCAGUCCUCACACUGAUAUACUUAUAGAUUUUUAAUUAUUGUGAGUAUGGUUACGCUGUGGUAUUACCCCCUUAUGUAGAUAUAUUGUACAUAUUAUGAUCCUACUAGAAUCCACAGGGAGAAGAGUUGAAUUUAGACGAUAUCUCAUUAUAUCGUACUAUUUUCAAACUCCAUCUGGGUGAAGUAGGAUCUACACUAUGUACUGCACUCUCCCAAAGGUCUUAGGUCAAGUACAUUAGGUGCAGGAUGCAGGGUUUGAUUGAGGAUGGGAAACAGGAAAGGUCUGAAGCACACUUGGGCUUAGCACUACAGUCAUCUCAAAAUGUCGGGAGGAGGGUCUACAACGCACAUGGCCUAGUCCUUCCCGGAGAUAGUCCACACUACGCAGGGUGCCUCAAGUAUGAAUGUUAAAGGCUUCCGUCAGAUCAAGCCAAACACGCUUUUAUACACCUUCAUCAUGUCAUUAAACACACACCCUCAACUUAUCAGUUGGACCAAGCCUUCUACAAAGUACAAACAUUAAAACUACAGUGAGUUGAACACACACGCACACACACACACACACUUCUCAUACUCAAGCAUUGGCAGUGCACUAUGGGGUGUACUGUUCAUGUCCCUGUUUUUCUUUACAACUCUACACUUUGGGAGAUGGGUGACGGGAGAGUUAUGUUUUAACAGAAGACGUACAAAACUGUAUAAAGUAGAGAAAACAAUGACUUAAAAAGGUCAAUCGUAAUGGAAACUCAUAAGCUGUACAUUUGUAAUAAAAUAGUAAAACUAAGUGGA